AGGCGGGCGGGCUUGGUCCGGAGUGCAGGGGAGGCGGGCGGCCCGGCGGCGGACUGGGCCCCCGGGCCUGCCGCGCGGGCGCUGAGCUGGCGGGGCGGGCCGGGGCCCGGACGGUGGCUCCUCCUCCUCUGGCUGCAGGGUUAAAAACUAAUAUUUAUAUAAGACAGAAGAGAAAGAUGUCAUUCCGUAAAGUAAACAUCAUCGUCCUGGUCCUGGUUGUUGUUCUCUUCCUACUGGUUUUGCACCAUAACUUUCUCGGCCUGAGCAGUUUGCUAAGGAAUGAGGUUUCAGAUUCAGGAAUUGUGGGGUUUCAGCCCAUAGACUUUGUCCCAAAUGUUCCCCGACAAGCUGUAGACGGGAGACAAGAGGAGAUUCCUGUGGUCAUCGCUGCAUCUGAAGAUAGGCUCGGGGGGGCCAUUGCAGCCAUAAACAGCAUUCAGCACAACACUCGCUCCAAUGUGAUGUUUUACAUUGUUACGCUCAAUGGUACAGCAGACCAUCUCCGGUCCUGGCUCAGCAGCAGUACCUUGAAAAGCAUCAGGUACAAAAUUGUGGAUUUUGACACUAAACUUUUGGAAGGGAAAGUCAAGGAGGAUCCUGACCAGGGGGAAUCCAUAAAACCAUUAACCUUCGCAAGGUUCUACUUGCCAAUUCUGGUUCCCAGUGCAAAGAAGGCCAUAUAUAUGGAUGAUGAUGUAAUUGUGCAAGGGGAUAUUCUUACCCUUUACAAUACACCACUGAAGCCAGGGCAUGCAGCUGCAUUUUCAGAAGAUUGUGACUCAGCCUCCACCAAAGUUGUCAUCCGUGGAGCAGGGAACCAGUAUAAUUACAUUGGCUAUCUUGACUAUAAAAAAGAAAGAAUUCGUAAACUUUCCAUGAAAGCCAGCACCUGCUCAUUUAAUCCUGGAGUUUUUGUUGCAAACUUGACAGAAUGGAAAAGACAGAAUAUAACCAACCAGCUGGAAAAAUGGAUGAAACUCAACGUAGAAGAGGGACUAUACAGCAGAACACUGGCUGGCAGCACCACAACACCACCUCUGUUGAUCGUAUUUUAUCAACAGCACUCUACAAUUGACCCCAUGUGGAAUGUCCGCCACCUCGGUUCCAGUGCUGGAAAACGAUAUUCACCCCAGUUUGUAAAGGCUGCCAAGUUACUUCAUUGGAAUGGUCACUUUAAGCCAUGGGGAAGAACUGCUUCCUAUUCUGAUGUCUGGGAAAAAUGGUAUAUUCCAGACCCCACAGGCAAAUUCAGCCUGAUCCGAAGACAUAUGGAGAUCUCAAAUACAAAAUAAAACAUAAUUUAUGCUAUAAGCAUUUCUCAGGAAAUCCUGGAAGACAGUAUGUGUGGGAAUUAACAGUUGCAAGGCUUCAAUGCCUAUCUGCAGCAACCCAUGGAAAGAGGGACAUUUCAGCUGGGUAAAGAGGAUGAACUACCCUGUUUAGCAGUCAGCUUCCCAGAUAGGCUAUAAAUGUCUCCAUCUGCCUUACCAAAUGUUUGCUUACUGCCAUACUGAAGGACUGACAGGGAUGGUACGGCUAGUUCAACACUACUGCUUGGUUUUAAUUUUGUAAUAUUAACCUGUGGUCUGAUCUGUUAAUAAAGUGAAACCUACAUUUUUCAA